AUGACAACGAGUGUACCUGGCGAGCUGUCCAAGAAUUCCAUUGAAGAUCUUGCCCCGGCUUCCACGGAACGAAACUUUACGGCGAAUAGCACGCACCAACUCGAGCGCGACAAGAAUGACACGAAGGUGCAGGGUGUCCGUGUUUCUGACGAGGAGGUACAAGAAGAUCGACAGUUGGCAAACACUGCCCGCAAGGUUGUUGAUGCACUCGAGUCAAGCACGUUCGACAUUCGUGACCGCAUCAGUCAUUUCUUCAUGCCAAGUGAGGUGAAAAAGCAGGCGUAUAUAGGUGAGCAGGAGAGCAUCAAGGCCAGCUAUGUCGGUGUAUCUCUCAGGAAGGCAAUUCCGGACAUCUCUAGGGACGAUCGGGGAGGCCCACUUGAAACUAGCGGUCGCUUUGUUUUCUCAAAGAGCUCUGAAGUUCCCGUCUAA